AUGGAUUUUCUCGAGCGGAAAGGACUUCUGAUCAAUCAGAGAGGGAGGAGCCUCCUUGUCCACUCUCCACUGUUACUCCAAUGUUUCAAGGCCUUGAGAGUUUGCCAGCAAAAGGUUGUUCAUGGUGUUCUCAGUAAGAACACAAGAAGAUUGGAGAUCCAUCAAUCUUUUCCUCUUUGCAAAGCUACUCAAUCUGAAGGAACCACAGAGGAAUCCAGUUCAACAGGGUCGUCUGCUCGCGCUCAGCUGGAUCUACUCAAACAACUCACUUAUACCAGGGCUGACAGAGGUUAUCAAAGUGAUGGUGAUUCUCAAAGGCUAACUAUUCGUGAACAACUAUCUGAAGUGAUUGGAGAUAGAGAAGGUGAAUUCAGUCUUCCACUGGGUAAGAAGUUAAAGGCAAGCUUGAAUUCCUUGACCAUCUCCCAGAAAAGAAACAUCAAGCGACAGGCUUACCUGGAUGAAGUUGGUAGCAGAAAUGAUUCCACCUUCUUUGCAACAAUAGGAGCAUUUGUGAUUCUCCCACCAGUAGCCAUAUUGUCCAUUGCAAUACUAACAGGGUAUGUGCAGUUGUUCCCUUGAUCAAAUAUUCUGAUAUAUACCAUACUGAAACCAGUUCAGAAAGUUGUGCAUAGCCUGUCUUUCAUGUUACAAUACAGACAAGAGAGUGUUUCCUGAAUCAAA